UCCACUCGUUUAUUUACGUUCCACCGGAGAUUCGCGCGAUCAAACAAACAGCGGCAUUUCAGUCCGAAUCCGAUCCGAAUCGAACAUGAGCGCACUGGAGACUCUGGAUCGAGUGGAGUUGUGUGAAAGUCUCCUGACAUGGAUCCAGACGUUCGGUGUGGAGGCGCCGUGUUCAGCGGUGGACGAGCUGACCAGCGGAGAGGCAAUGGCACAAGUCCUGCAGAAAAUCGACGGCAUGUAUUUCAAUGACGCUUGGAUCAGUCGUAUCAAACCUGAAGUUGGAGACAACUGGAGGUUAAAGAUCAGCAAUUUAAAGAAAAUAUUAAAAGGUAUUCUGGAUUACAACCAUGAGGUGUUGGGGCAGCAGAUCAAUGAUUUCACUCUUCCAGACGUCAAUCUCAUCGCAGAACAUUCAGAUGCAGCUGAACUGGGCCGAAUGUUGCAGCUCAUCCUGGGCUGCGCUGUCAACUGCGAACAGAAGCAAGAAUAUAUCCAGACCAUCAUGAUGAUGGAGGAGUCUGUGCAGCACGUGGUCAUGACGGCCAUCCAGGAGCUGAUGAGCAAAGAGACGCCCGUGUCCACAGGAAACGACUCGUACGCCGAUCUGGACCGUCAGUUGAAGAAGACGGUGGAGGAGCUGAACGACGCUUUGGCCACAAAAGAGGAGAUCGCGCAGAGAUGUCACGAGCUGGACAUGCAGGCGUACCUCGUCCAAGAGGAGCGAGAUAGACUGAGGUUAGAAUGUAUUGAUCUAGAAGAGAGGGUGGCGGCUCUCCAGGAAGAGAAGAGCAGUCUGCUGGCUGAAAACCAGGUGCUGAUGGAGCGGCUCAACCAGUCCGACUCCAUCGAGGAUCUGAACAGUCCGGCGGGACGCAGGCACCUGCAGCUUCAGACGCAGCUAGAGCAGCUGCAGGAGGAGACCUUCAGAUUGGAGGCGGCUAAAGACGAUUACCGCAUCCGCUGCGAGGAGCUGGAGAAGGAGCUGAUGGAGGUCAGAGGUCAGAAUGAGGAGCUGACCUCUCUGGCUGAGGAGGCGCAGUCGCUCAAAGACGAGAUGGACGUGCUGAGGCACUCGUCUGAUAAGGUGUCGAAGCUGGAGGCGCAGGUGGACGCGUAUAAGAAAAAGCUGGAGGAUCUGGGCGAUCUGAGACGGCAGGUGAAGCUGCUGGAGGAGAAGAACACCAGCUACAUGCAGAACACCGUGACGCUGGAGGAGGAUCUGCGCAAGGCCAACGCUGCUCGAGGACAGCUGGAGACCUACAAGAGACAGGUGGUGGAGCUUCAGAACAAGCUCUCGGAGGAGUCCAAGAAGGCCGACAAGAUGGAGUUCGAGUAUAAACGAGUCAAGGAGAAAGUCGACUCUCUUCAGAGAGAGAAAGAUCGCUUGAGGACGGAGCGAGACUCUCUGAAGGAGACGAUUGAGGAGCUGAAGUGUGUAAAAGCUCAGGAGUCUCAGCUGACGUCAGGUUUGGUGCCGCUCAGCAGUAACGAGCCGUCCGAUUCGCUGGCCGCAGAGAUCGUCACACCAGAGAUUCGGGAGCGUUUGAUUCGCCUGCAGCAUGAGAAUAAGAUGCUGAAACUGGCUCAGGAGGGAUCUGAUAACGAACAGAUCGCUCUGCUGCAGAGUUUACUGGAGGACGCCAACAGCAGGAAGAACGAGCUGGAGACGGAGAACAGGCUGGUGAAUCAGAGGCUGCUGGAGGGUCAGUCUCAGGUAGAGGAGCUGCAGAAGUCUCUUCAGGAACAAGGAUCCAAAGCAGAUGAUGCUCUGCUUUCUUCUGUCUGUCCAUCAAAUCUCUCUCAGUCUGUUACGGUGCUCAUGAAGAGGAAGUGUCAGGAACAUCUGGAGAAAUUAAGGGACGCCACUAACGAGCUUCAGAAGAAGAGCGCAGUGAUUGAAGAGCUGGAGAACAAACACACUUCCAGCUUUCAGAGGAUUGAAGAGCUGGAGGACGCGCUGAAGAAGAAGGACGAAGAUAUGAAACAGAUGGAGGAGAGAUACAAGAAGUACCUGGAGAAAGCCAAGAGCGUCAUUCGUACACUGGACCCCAAACAGAAUCAGGGUUCUGCUCCUGAAGUUCAGGCUCUGAAGAAUCAGCUGCAGGAGCGCGAGAGGAUGCUGCACUCACUCGAGAAGGAGUAUGACAAGACGAAGUCUCAAAGAGACCAGGAGGAGAAACUCAUCGUAUCUGCCUGGUACAACAUGGGAAUGGCGCUGCAGAAGAAAGCGGCCGAGGACCGGUUGGCCAACACGGGUUCGGGUCAGUCCUUCCUGGCGCGUCAGAGACAGGCCACCAGCAACCGCCGGGGUUAUCCGAGCCACGUGCAGCCCACCGCAGCCAGUGACGUUAAAGCAUGAGCGGCAGGGGGCGGGGCUGCAUGACGUCAGGGGGCGGGGCUGCAUGACAGAGUGUGAUUUGAGCUCAUGCUGCUGAGUUUAACCCAUCGCUGCACACUAACUAACCCAGAAUGCUAACCUUCCGACCGGAAGCGGCCGGGGUCGGCGCUCGUCAACCGUUCCGUCGACGCGAGCUCGGCCGCUGGACGCGCGGCUAUGACUGUUACGCUUUAAAGAUGGAUGAGCUCCUACGUCAUGUGUUCAUUUUAGUGGCAUUGUGGAGUGUUUCAGUAUUUUCUGUAGUUUAUGAACAAACGAGCCUCUUCAUCCUCCUCAUACCUGCUUCGUCAGCCGUUACAUGGACUCUUUCUUCAGCGUCCGGAUGCUGGACGUGUUUCAGUAGAAUCAGUGUGAGAAUGACAGAGGAACUCAACAGUGUUUCAUCGGCUUCGCUAGCACAACAUCCUUCUGUUUGUUUUAUACUUAAUCAGUAAGUGCUUUUGAUGAUGAUGAUUGAUGAUGAUGAUUCUGACACAACGUUACAAACCACAGCAGUACAAAUUCUGACAUUUAACCCUGCUCUGCUGCUUUUCUUCAUCAGCUGUUACUAAAUAUUCACGUAAUGAUGCGCAACGAUUGCCGGACGGGACGGACGCGCGUCCGUGUGACGAUCAGUGUGUAUUUUACUCCAGCGGUGUUCUUGUGUGGUUUUUAACAGCGAUCGAGUGCGUUUCUCACGUGUGGACCGAGUUCAGAGGUUAAACGCAACCGUCCAUGAGCAGAGAAACACUGAUCUGAGUGAACAUUUGUCUGAAGUAGCAAAUAUUCGUUCCAUUUGCCAAGUUUUAUAUUGCUUGUAUACAAUAUGUACAUACUGUAUGUGUGAGCCGCUGGAGGGACGUUCAGCAGUUCGUGAACCGGUUAGAUGCAUUUCGUAAUGUGUCUCCAUUCAGACUCUGUUGAUGAAUUUGUGCUUCCAAUGCUGCAAAAUGUACAGUUGUUAUUCAAGUUGUAAAUAAAGCUUGUAUAAAACAUUCGUGUUUCAAAAUCA